UUUACUUACUCUAUGAAAUAUGCUGUCUAGCGUUUGUAAUUGAUUGACUGUCAGUUAAUAGUUGUCAUUGAUAUUCUUUGACUUGUUUGUCAGUCAGUCUGUCAACCCUAUCAUUUGAUGAAAAUAAUAAAUCAAUCGCUUCCAAAGCGAAUCAAAAACACUCAAUUUACACAAAUUAUUAACUCGAACGACUCGACUAUAUUUUUGAAUAAUAAAACACGUAAUGAAACGUAUCUAUGUUUAUCAAAAUAAAGAUGAAGAGAACGGAAAGGUUAUCGCGAUGGACGAUUCGUCAGACUUGUUUACAGAAGUUUCAAUGCACUUCGAAUUACCGCAAGAAAACCUUAAAUUGUUUUUCUCGAAUGGUUGUCAGAUAGUCGAUACGCGGGUACUUAAAGACGAUGAUAAGAUCUACCUAUCAUUAGAAAAUAAACAUUCCAACUGCUGUGAUAUAAUUCAAAAAGUAAGUCCUGAAGAAUGUACCAGUGGAAAAGCUGUUUCUGACUGGAUAACACUAAAUGUAGGAGGUAAACAUUUUAUGACUUCUCGAUCUACGCUGCAAGCCAAGGAGCCGUUGUCAAUGCUUGCUAGAAUGUUUGCGGACGAUAACAACAUGUAUUUAAUGAAUCCCAGUGCCACUGACUCAAGCGGCGCGUACUUAAUAGACAGAAGUCCCAAAUAUUUCGAACCUAUAUUAAAUUAUCUGAGGCACGGCGAGAUUAUUUUAGACAAGGAUGUUAAUCCUCGAGGAGUACUGGAAGAAGCAAUAUUUUACGGCAUUGAUUCAUUGAUACCUCAGCUGAAUCAACUCAUCGAAGAGUACAUUUGCUUUGAGGGCAAUAAUCAAGCAUUGACACGAAUAGAUGUCAUAAAAGCAUUAAUAAAGACACCCACAACUACAGAACUGAGAUUUCAAGGUGUCAAUUUACAAGGAGCUGAUCUGAACAAGUUGGACUUAAGAUAUAUUAACUUCAAGUAUGCUUGCCUAUCUAGAUGCAACCUCAGUGGAGCCAACCUAUCCCACUGCUGUCUGGAACGGGCAGACCUGUCCCAUGCUAACUUAGAAGGAGCCCAGCUUCUUGGUGUGAAGGCCUUGUGUGCCAAUAUGGAAGGUGCAAACCUUAAAGGAUGUAACAUGGAGGAUCCUCUUGGAAAUAAGACUGUGAUGGAAGGAGUGAAUUUAAAAGGUGCCAAUUUAGAAGGUAGCAAUAUGGCAGCUGUUAAUCUUAGAGUGGCGACGUUAAAGAACGCCAAUCUUCAAAACUGUGAUCUCAGGGCUGCUGUACUAGCUGGAGCUGAUUUGGAGUGUUGUGAUCUCUCUGGCAGUGACCUUCACGAAGCCAACCUACGCGGCGCAAACUUAAAGGAUGCAGCCUUUGAACUGAUGCUUACUCCUCUCCAUAUGUCCCAAACUAUUAGAUAAAUUGUA